CUCGGCAUGUUGACAGGAUCCGUUUGAAAAGCUUGAAGGAGAAGGUAAAGCUCGGUUAUGGUGCCCAGUUUGCGCUUCGAAACGUCGAAAACUCAACACCGCUGGCGUGAAUUAUGACUCUGACGGCCGUCGUCAAGCAAAGAUGCAAUGGAGGUCAAUAGUAGUGGGUCUUCUUGUGCUACGGCUGGCCCUGAACUGCAUCAUAUGGCUGGCGUUUGGACUCGGACCCAGCUGGGGCUUUCACUUCCCGCUGCAGUUCAGCUUCAACCUGCACAAACACACAGAGCCUCCGGCAGACGGCGAGCAGAGCAGCAGCUGGUCACAGCGUGUGUACGCGAACAGGGAACAUCCGGUUGGAACCUGCUCCAAGAUCAGCGAGAACACGCCGAAGGAGUCUUACCUGAGCUUCUUUAAGGCCAGCAGAGACGAGUACGACAGGAAGUACGGCUCGUUUCCAGACGCCCUCAAGAUUAAAAUGAAGGGGAUGGCCAGGGACAUGUUCUACUUCGGCUAUGACAACUACAUGAAAUACGCCUUUCCUGAAGACGAGCUGAACCCCAUCGACUGUGAGGGCAGAGGACCAGACGUCCUAAACCCGUCAAACAUCAACAUCAAUGACGUGCUUGGCAACUACUCCCUGACACUGAUUGACACUCUUGAUACUCUCUUGGUGCUUGGGAAUGUGUCUGAGUUUCAUCGUGCUGUCAAACUGGUUAUCGACACUGUCAGCUUUGACAAGGAUUCCACAGUGCAGGUGUUUGAGGCCAACAUCAGAAUCCUUGGCAGUCUGAUCUCGGCUCACAUUCUUCUGACCGAUCCGCGGCACCCGUUCGGAGAUGUGGGGCUGGAAGAUUAUGACAAUGAGCUGCUCCAUUUGGCUCAUGACCUUGCUGUGCGGCUGCUACCUGCCUUCGAGAACACCAGCACUGGCAUCCCCUACCCCAGGGUGAAUCUGAAAAGCGGUGUGCCUCCUGACAGCAUAAAUGAGACAUGCACAGCAGGUGCAGGCUCUCUUCUGGUUGAGUUUGGCAUUCUAAGCCGUCUGCUUGGCGACUCCACAUUUGAGUGGGUGGCAAGGAGGGCUGUCCGAGCUCUCUGGAACCUGAGGAGCAACCACACAGGGCUGCUAGGGAAUGUGGUGAACAUCCAGACAGGCCAAUGGGUUGGGAAGCAAAGCGGCCUGGGUGCAGGCAUGGAUUCUUUCUAUGAAUACCUUCUGAAGUCUUACAUCCUCUUUGGAGAAAAAGAAGACUACAAGAUGUUCAUGGCUGCUUAUGAGAGCAUUCAAAGCCACCUGAGGAGAGGGAGAGAAGCUUGCAAUGAAGGGGAAGGUGACCCUCCUCUUUAUGUAAAUGUGAACAUGUUUAACGGACAGAUCAUGAACACCUGGAUCGACUCUCUUCAGGCAUUUUUUCCUGGCCUGCAGGUUUUAAAUGGAGAUGUGGAAAAUGCCAUUUGUCUCCAUGCCUUCUACUAUGCAAUUUGGAGGCGUUUUGGGGCAUUGCCAGAAAGGUACAACUGGCAGCUGCAAGCUCCAGAUGUGCUCUUUUACCCUUUAAGACCUGAACUAGUGGAGUCUACAUACCUGUUAUAUCAGGCCACCAAGAAUCCUUUCUAUUUACAUGUCGGCAUGGACAUACUUCAGAGCCUUGAAGAGAAUACCAAAGUCAAAUGUGGCUAUGCCACACUCCAUCAUGUUGUAGAUAAGUCCAAGGAGGACCGCAUGGAAAGUUUCUUUCUCAGUGAAACCUGCAAAUACCUUUACCUGCUGUUUGAUGAAGACAACCCUCUGCACAAGUCUGGGAGCAAAUACAUUUUCACAACUGAAGGUCACGUAGUGCCCAUAAACCCCAGCUUUAGGCAGAAAACCUGGGAAGAACAGGUCCCAUGUCAGGAGUUCACCAAGGAACCUCCAGCCAACAUCAGUAAUUGUGACCGGAUACCAGAGGAGCGUCGCUAUGGUCUUCCCUUGAAGAGUGUGUACAUGAGACAGAUUGACCACAUGGUUGGCCUUUCAUGACCACAUCACCGACAGCUGGAGUUUAGCACAAAAUCUCAAACCUCUGGAGAGAUUUAGCAGUGUGGCCAAACUGAGAACUUUUUUUUUUGUAUUAUUGUUUGUUUGCACAAGAACCUCAUAGGAAUCAUUCAGCAGCUCAAUGGUCCAGCACCUUUGCCUUGUGCUGAAUGGUUAGUUUGGUUCAACCUUGACAUUGCUGCAUUAGUGCAAGCUUCUUUUACAAAGAGAUACUUCAGGGGAUUUGCAAAUCAGUUAAUUUCCUCAGUAAUGUUAACAUCAUUAAGAAUGAGUUGGCAUUACAUUUGACCAGUUGGUAUUUUAAAAAUUAGGCUGCAUUCCACGACUUAACACACUUCUUUUUUUUUUUUUUUUUUUUUUUUUGUCAACUUCACUCUUACCAUUUCCCUGUCUGUUACCUUCUUAAGGGCUAUUAAUAUAUUUAUCUCAAGUGACGUUUCAUCAUUCAUGUAGUUUGAGGGAUCAUCAUUCAAUAUCAGUAUAGAUUUCAACUCACCCACUGUUCUUUUUCAAACAUGCAAAAAUGACAAAUCAAACUAGUUAGAAAGAUCUCUGACCCUUUACAUAGAUCUGUAAAGAGUCCUGCAAGAAGCUCAUGUGACUUAGGUUGUACACUUCUGACUCAUGAGGGGAAGUCUCUGAGAGAGUGAUUAAUAAUAUUAUUUGUAGCAUCAUAGUUCUGUAAGAUUCUUUCCAACAUUUGUGGUUUUUUGUUUUUUUAAUUAUUCAGGGCUGACUGGUGCUCUAGGAGUAGCAGUGUUCUUAUUCCGUGAUAUAUAACCAGUAUUUCAGUGCCAAAUUUUCUUGUUGUAAUGGACCCUGGACAGUUCAGAUGUUCUGAAAAGCUUGCACCAUGUGCCUUCCAAAAACAUGCAGCAAAUGAAACUGUUUACAAGACCUUCAUUCACUCAGCAAUACCUUGUUCUUCCAUGCUCUUGCUGAUGAUUUUUAGUUUGCAUUGUGUUGCACAGACAAGCUGAAACCCCCCACUGCAGCCAAUUAAGUGUCUUUUAACCCUCCCUCAGUUUAUAUUUCUUUUGCGCUGCUGCUGGUAAUUUUGUGACUCCCCCCUGGUCAAGUCUCAUUUAUAUUCAUGAUGAUGGAAUAGCAAUGUCAUGGAGCGAGCAUGUGCCUUAUACAACUCGGAAUCUCUGGAUCAUCCUCAGGAUCAACUUUUUUUCAUCAUGUGUUCAUACAGUGCUAUUUACUAUCAAAGACUGAUGUGAAAGUUGACUAAUGUAGCAACUGUGUGAUAGCUAGCCAUCGGUAUUGGUAAAGACAUCAAACUUUGUACAGAUUUGUGAUUUUCAGAACAAAGCCAUAAAACAGGAUGCGGGGAUUUCUUAAGGGGCUAUCGAUCAACACUUAUUCAGAGAAUCAAACUUCUCUAAUGUUGUAGAUGUAAUUUUAUCUUGAUUUUUAUUUGAUUUACUUAAUGGUUGAUUUCAUUGUAAUGAUUCUGUGACCAUUACUGGAUGGUGUGAUGCAUUAUAUAUGUGAAAAAUGUGUGAUGGAAUUCAUAUGUGAGGUUUCAAACUGAAUUGAUUAAAUGUGCAAUGAGAUUUUAAGGGCUUCAGGAGUUCCUGAAAGUGGUAUGAUUUUUAUUUUUUAAUGCUAUUAAUUUAAAAAAAACUAUAGAACAAUGAUUGUUUUUACACAGGUUGACUAAAUGAGAAGGUUUUGUUUUUUUCUCUUUUUAUUUGGGAGGGUGUUUUGGAUCUACUCAUCCGCUUAUAGAGAUGGUCACUGUCAAUCUACACUACCGUUUAAAAGUUUGGGGUCACCCAGACAAUUUUGUUUUCCAUGAAAAGUCACACUUAUUUCCCACCAUAAGUUGUAAAAUGAAUAGAAAAUAUAGUCAAGACAUUUUUCUGGCCAUUUUGAGCAUUUAAUCGACCCCACAAAUGUGAUGCUCCAGAAACUCAAUCUGCUCAAAGGAAGGUCAGUUUUAUAGCUUCUCUAAAGAGCUCAACUGUUUUCAGCUGUGCUAACAUGAUUGUACAAGGGUUUUCUAAUCAUCCAUUAGCCUUCUGAGGCAAUGAGCAAACACAUUGUACCAUUAGAACACUGGAGUGAGAGUUGCUGGAAAUGGGCCUCUAUACACCUAUGGAGAUAUUGCACCAAAAACCAGACAUUUGCAGCUAGAAUAGUCAUUUACCACAUUAGCAAUGUAUAGAGUGUAUUUCUGAUUAGUUUAAAGUGAUCUUCAUUGAAAAGAACAGUGCUUUUCUUUCAAAAAUAAGGACAUUUCAAAGUGACCCCAAACUUUUGAAUGGUAGUGUAUAUGAAGGUGGUAUUCUGGCUGAUCAACUUGUGAUAAAACAUCUCUCUCCUGAUGGGAGCGUUGUCUUCCACAAUGAUGUCCCCAUGCACAGGACAUGAGGGCUCAUUAAAUGGUUUAAUGAGUAUGAAAAUUAAGUAACUCGCAUGCUAGGGACUUAAGUUACCACAGUCACACAAUCAUCUCAAGCCAGUUGAACACUGAUGAAAGACUUUAGACUGGAAUGUUAGUGCUAAAAGAAUAUCUAUCUUGAGAAAGAAUUGUUCAUCCUUCUAGUAUAGUUCCAGAGAUUUGUAGAAUCUAUUGUGAUGGUGGCCCAAUACGUUACUAACAUCCUUUUGGUUGGUUUUGCCUUUAAUAGGUCACCGGUCUGUAUAUUAAAGAGCCAGGACUUUUGCUGGAAUUGAAUGGCAAUUUGUAGAUUCUUAAAAACUUCAAUUAAAGGUUUGAAAACAAUGGAAUGUGAUUUGGUUUAAGUGUAAUUUACAGGGGUGUUUUUUGUUUUGUUUUCCAUGACCCAAACUUUUGUUUAGUGACUUAAAGUUGUUAAAAAUCUUGAGUUCACCCUGUUUGUUUACUCUGUUAUUGACAAGACUCAGGGAAAUCUUUAGUGCUGGCCUGAUUAUAACAGUUGUCGCAGGUGGUAAAAUAAACGUCAUUCCAGCACACA